AUGGAGCGAGGCCACGGCGACGGCGGAGCUGCAGCAGCUCACAGCAGCAGAAAGGGAGACUUCAGCAGCAGAGGCGCUCCUUCUGGGCCUUCUCCGGAGCUCAUUCGCCGCAAGUUGGAGCAGGUGAUGGGCGGGCGGGAAGUCUUCCGGCGCAGCGCCACGGCCUCUUUCCGGCAGUUUGACGUGAGCGCCUCGGGGCGUUUGGCCUUCGCCGACGUUUCGAAGUUGGUGAAGCGACUUUGCGUGAAUUUGCAGCUUCCCCCAGUAGAUGAGUCGGCCCUGCGGAAGAUAUUCGACGCUUUUGAUUCUUUGGGUCGAGGCUAUUUGGAGCUCGAGGACUUCUGCCGUAUGUACUGGGAAAUACUCUGUCGCAUUCGCGAGAAGUACUACCCCGAGAAGACGAUGCGCGUCCGCCGUUCUCUCUUCGUCGGCAGACGCAACUUGGCCCACACCGGCAUUGCCAUCACAGACCUUUUCACUUUCGUCAAGAAGUUGGGCUCGGGCUCCUUCGGCGAUGUCCACCGAGUCAUCGAAAAAAGCAGCGGGCUGGAGCGGGUGAUAAAGACAAUAAACCGGGACCGGAGCCAAGUGCCUCUGGAGCAGAUCGAAGCAGAAAUUGAAGUUUUGAAGUCUUUGGACCAUCCCAACAUCAUAAAGAUCUUCGAAGUUUUCGAGGACUACCACAACGUCUACAUCGUCAUGGAGACCUGCGAGGGGGGGGAGCUGCUGCAGCGGCUGGUGGACGCGCAGAGCCGCGGCAGCGCCUUGACAGAAAAAGCUGUCAGCUUAAUUAUGCGGCAGCUGAUGAACGCGCUGGCCUACUUCCACUCCAAACACGUCGCCCACAAGGAUUUGAAACCCGAAAAUAUUCUUUUUCAGGACAAGUCGCCAGACUCGCCAAUUAAAGUUAUUGACUUCGGCCUGGCGGAGCUGUUUGAAAAGACCGACGCGCACAGCAAAAACGCAGCUGGUGGGCAAGGACCCUUGAGCGCAGCGCGAGGGCCCCCGAGGGAGCAGCAGCAGCAGCAGCAGCAGCAGCAGCAGCAGCAGAGCCUUAGAUGCACUGCACUCUACAUGGCGCCCGAAGUCUUCAUGCGGCACCUCUCGCUGAAGUGCGACGUCUGGUCUGCGGGAGUCGUGAUGUACUUCUUGCUGACGGGCUGCCUGCCGUUCAGCGGGACCAGCAUCGACGAAGUCAAGUACAAAGUCUGCAACUGCGAGCCGGACUACGCGCGGGAGUGCGCGCACCUGACGAACGAGGCCGUGUCGCUCAUAAAGUGGAUGCUCAUCAAACCCGAAAGCGAAAGACCCACGGCCACCCAAGUCCUCCGACACCCCUGGUUCAAACAGGCCGACCUCAAAGACAUCCACAUCUCCCCCAUCAUUUGCGAAAACAUGAAAAAAUACAUGCGACAGUCACAUCUCAAGAACGCACUUGUCAAUCUGAUGGUCCACCAGCUAAAUGUCACUGGACCUCAAAUUCGACAAAUCAACGAAAUAUUUCGCCAACUCGACAAGGACGGCGACGGAACAAUCUCCCACAGCGAACUCACCGAAGGUCUGGCCCAGGUGGGCCUUCCACAGUGGGACAUCAACAGAAUCAUUCAGUCGAUCGACGUUGACGACUCUGGGAAUGUUUCGUAUACAGAGUUUUUGGCCGCGUGUUAUUCAUGGAAGGAGUCGGAGCUGAAUGUGAUAUGGACAGCAUUUCAGAAGAUGGACAAAGACGGCGACGGGAAAAUAUCGGUUCCCGAGUUCGAAGCUGUCCUCGGCGGCGAGGACUACCGGCUGGUGCCGAAGGAAACGAUCAAGUCGUUGGUGGCGCAAAUCGACAAGAACGGCGAUGGGCAGAUUGACUGGGACGAGUUCUUGCAGUACAUGAAACUCAACUGA